ACAUAAUCGAAAACCUAUAUUCGGAGUAUUUUUUUUUGCUUUUCAGCGAAAAAUGUACUACAUGAAGUUUCUUCCUUAAAAGGCCUCGGGUCUUUCAAGGAAGGCAAAUCUAGAAAUUGCUUAGAUACCAAUGUGAAGAGGGCACGUCGGGGUGCAAACCCUGCGAAAAAAAUUCCCUCUAAAAAGUUCGCUAAUUUGUCCUUAAUUUCGUAGGCUAAAUCUGGGCUGAAAAAGUACCUAGGAACAUCACUUUUCCACGUUGGCAUGUGCCCCCGACUGUCGUCUAUUGAACCCUGAAAACCGCAGCUUGCUACGACUUUCCGUUCAAAAGUUAUAAGCUUUUCUUCCACGCGCUUUCUUUAAAAAUUCCGAUAGUAGUUAACUUUAGAUUUCUCCUAACGUUCAUCAGUUCUGUCAAUUAACAACUUUUCAACACAGAAAUAAUUUGUCGUUCAUUUCUAUAAGUUCAAAAUCCGGAUCAUCCCUUUGAGAGAGCAAUUUCAACUUUUUUAAUUUUAAAUUUCAAAUGUUUUAACACCCUGUACUCAGGCACGGUGCAAAUAGACGAGGUGGUGUGGAAGUGCUCCUUCCUGCCUUUCGAGUUUUCCUCGAUUUCGAGGAAACUGGCGCUUCAGCCAUCUUCAGUUUCGGGAAAACCUUUGUCUCAUCUUUCUUCGAUUUUGAAGAUUUUUCGGUUUCAACAGUCUCCACCCAAGCGUCAAAAAAAUCUAGUAUUGCCCGAUUCAUCUAGAUUACUAGGUUUUUGCAACUACUGUGCAGCGACAGUGGAAAUCUAGUUAUUGGGCGAUUGCUAGAUUUUUUCUAGUUGCAACUAUCGAUUUAUCGUCCAAUAGAUGGCAACGAGUCGUGUAUCGCCCAAUUAUAGACGAAAUGUAUCUAGAUUUUUUGUGAUGUUUGCCUGGGCACUCUCACAGAUUUCGGCAAAAUUUUGCCCAGCUAUGAUUUUUUGUAACACUCCAUCUCGCUUUAACCUCUUCGUGCCGCCCUUUAGUGUACCAUAUGGAAUUGUUCGACUUCUGAAAACAUAGAAUCGUGUAAUCAGCCAAUUGAUCACUAUGAUAAUUGAAAUAAAUACUUCAAGAGAAACAUUUAUUCUAAAGUGUGAAAAGAUGAGCCAUGGAAACCUGAACUGCUAAUAUGUUUGUCCGUGCUUCCGUAUUGGCCAGAACUAAUCACAAUCAAAAAUCGACCUACUCGCAAUGAAGAAACUUUUUCUCCUCAGUAAAAAUCGAAAUAAAUUGAUUUUCCGAUUAAUCAGAUGGUUUCAUUGAUUAUUACGGACAGUCAGUUUUUUUCACAGUAUAUUUUAUAUAGACGUUUUUUAGUCAAUUAUUGGCUCUCAAGAUUGAAUUUUAGCGAGGCGCAAUUUUAAGUGCUGAACUUGUUAAAAUAUGUAAUGAUUGAUCGAUGCAAUUGAUGAUUAAAGUAAAAACAUGUUGUUUCUAUUACAGUGGAGGAAAAAUACUAAAGCUAAAUUUCGUGCAUUCAUGGCUGCAGCUGUUGCAAAUACAAAUGGCGAUGGUUUGAAUACAUAUCUUUUACUUGGACCCAUUGGUACGGGUGCCUUUAGAAACGAUGCAUCGGAAAUUGGAUAUGUCUUUCGUAAAGUACUCCAAUCACCAAUGAUGGGUUCGACAGGACCAAUUCGUAAGGCUUUCGGCAAUAUUUGGUUUGUUUCUACUGGUGGGUGGAAGAACGAGUUGUUCCAAGCAAUUCUAUCUGAUCUAGAUUAA